AGAUGUCUGAUCAGUGUUGCUGAAGUGAUCGCUGUCCCCUGCCGUUAAUGUGAUCUUGGCAAGCUCUGCUGUUCGCUAUGACAAGUGGAUCGGCUCGGAUAGAUCAGUUGCAGCAGAAAAUGCGAAUUAUGAUUUUUCUUCUGUGCUGGAUUUUUUCAGUUCUGUUGAAUGUGUAGUUACAACUAUGGCAACAAGAGUAGAAAUAAAUUCCACAUUGGCGUCUUUGACGACAGUACCUGACUUAAAAGAGAUCAGAAGCGAAGAUAAAUCACAGCGUGUGUAUGUAAGUGUGCUUUCGGAUGUAACUAGCAAGACAAAGGAAUCUUCAGCAUCACUAACACUUGAAGAGAAGAACAAAUUUGGGAGUACCUCAAGAUCUGCAACAAUGCCCUCGCUAGGAUCUAGGCCAAGACUUUUCCCAAAACCUUUUUCUAAAGAUACAUCUUCAGAUACUUUUGCUAAUGUAAAGCCACCUGUUACAGCUUUCAGAUCAAGUAGUCUUAUUAGAAAGCCCAACGAGGAGACAACAUCUGUCAAGGUAUUAGGUGGAAACAUUCCUCCACUAGUGGAUCAAAAAGCAAUUGAAAAUGAAAGUAAGGCUGGCAGUGAAGUCGUCACAAACAUGACAUUUUACACUGGUCCCAGUGCAAAUACUGUCAUUCUUUUUGAGGCAGCAGGAGCAGAGCAAUCAAAGGUGAGCCCGGCCCAAGGAAAAACGGCUGCCGAUGACCGCAGAGUAUUUAGUACUAUGCAAACAAAGGAGCUUCAGAGCAAUGCCAAGCUGGAGAAGCCAUUUCAGCCACCUGAGACAUCCAGGAGUCCUGAAGGGUCUCUUCCUAGGCAGACAUCGGUUUCCUCUGGUAUUAGACUGGUCUCUUGGAACUCCCUCAAAACUGGUGAAAAGAAAGAUGCUUAUGAAGAUCUUCCAGGGGAGAAAAACAAUGAUGCAAAUAAUAUCAACACUAAAGUCGAUUUCUCUAUUGAUUUGCAGCAAAGGCCAAAACAUAGACCAGUAUCUGCUAUUUUUCUGGAAUCAUUAAAAGAUCAAAAGCAUCGUCCUGCGGAAGCUCCUGAGGAAAAGUCUCCUACAGAGAAAUCAUGGGUCAGAAAACCCAGGCCUUUGUCCAUGGACCUGACAGCUAAAUUUGAACUUAAAGAUCUUUCUUCUUGCAAGAAGACUUGUUCAUCCCAUGAGAGCAAGGAGAACGUGUCAAUAAGUUCUUUUACUGACAAGGGCUGUCAUGAUCUGUCUGAAAUGGGGCCAAAACCUGAAGAAAUUGAAUUUAAUAAAGGCAGUUCUUCUUCAAAGAUAAAUUUGAAGUGCAGUAGUCAGGACACUGGCAUCCUAAAUAAUGGAAAAUACAUAUGGGAAACAAAACAUAAAUCUAAAAGUGAGCAAACUGAGAUAAAAUCAGGAAUAGUCACUAACUUGCAUGGUUCUGAAAAAUCCUUUGAAACAACUAGCGAAAGCAGAGCUAACAGGGAUGGGAAAAAAAUCGAUCAAAAGGAGACGAGUGGCUUUCUAGGCAGCGAAAGCCCUGCAGCUUCCUCAGAAAAAGAGAACAGUAUCGUAAGAGGUAGUGUUAAAAAACACAUCAGUUUGUUUACGUCAGAAAAUCCCAACAGCUCAAUGGAUACAGAGCCUCUCCCAUCAGCUGCUGAGAGGGAAAACAGAUGUAUGAACAUCCAGCAGAGAAUCAAAGAACUGACAACAGAAAACACUGAGGCUAAGCCAGGGAAUCUACGCAGAUCACUUCAGUCACGACCACUUUCUGCAGACUUGACAAAGAUGUUUUCAAGUCCAGCAUCAAGCAGUGAAGCGAAGACUGAGAAACCCGCUGAUAUUAGGAAUGGCUCUGUGAAUGAAACUCAGGAACAUCAAAAAAGUAAGGAGGUCACGCUUGCUCAUAGCACAGAUUUCUCUGAGGCACAUGCUACUGGGAACCCAUGGAAACCCCGGCAGGUUUUAAAAAUAACAAACAAAACUGAUCAGACAGAGACAAAGGGAAGCUUCCUUGGAGAUAGCCAGCACUUUUCUCAGCAAAAGGAAAAUUCUGUCUCGUUCACAAGCAGCUUUGAAAAAAAAUUAAAACCAACCACAGUUAUGGAAAAGACCUACAUUAAAACUGUCCGAGCCACCAUGUUUGACCAUAACGUUCAGAGGCACAACGUCGCUGAUGAUCGUCCUGGAACUGGUCCUCUGCUGAAAAUGAAUAAUGAACUUGAAGCAAAGUAUGAUGUGGUGGGGCAUAACAGGAGGUCGUGGAUGGGAGAAGCGGAGGAGACCGCUAGUGUAAAGAAGGAUCAUUGCAGUCAAUCUGAUUCAUUGAAGCAUAUAGCUGACCUAGAAAAAAGUGGAAAACCAGCUUGUUCAAGUGAUGGCAAGAAAAUGACUCCUGGAAUUUUAUUAGAAAAACCUUCAGUUGAGAAAAGUGAAAAAUCCACUCCAAAAAAUGCAGAGGAGUCUUUUAUUUUCCAAAGGGUUGAGCCGAGAUAUGAAGUCUUUCAGAUGUGUGGUGAGAGAGCUCUUAGUGAAGCCAUUACAAUGGCUCCUGAAAAAAAGGCCAUGACACUUAGAACUCGAAAAUCAUCCGUGAAAGAGCAGAGAAACGAUGGGGAUGUUUUACACACUGAUCAGUCAGCGAGGGUAAACAGAACAAGUGACUACUUGAAAGAAGGUAACCUUAUUUCAGAUUCUAAAGAUGUAAAAGCUUUUCCGAGCAGGUCUGCUUUUAGAGAACAUAACGAUUAUUUCUCCAGUGAAUGCACUUUAUCUGAACAGAAAAAAGACUCUGAUAAAACUGAAACCGAUCCAAUAUUAAUAGCUGAGAAAAUACCUUGUUCUAUAAACAAAAGUAAGUGCUUGGGAACAAAUGAAAAAAUAAGCAAGCUACAUUCUGAAAUUAAAAAAGAAAAGAGUGAAGUCUCUUCCAUGGAUGAAACAGGGAGGUCUGAUAUGAUCAAACGCUCUUCUGAGCAAAGGAGUUUUAGACGAGGAGGAACAGACUAUGAAUUUGGAACCAGCUUUGGUCAUGAAGUUAUUUCAACCAAUGUAAAUAAGUAUGGGGUCCAAUCUUCUGCAGUGCUUUUAAGUGGACAGUUAUGUAGGUCUUCCAGUAGCCACAGUCCCGAUGUGAAAGAGGAAUCUAGAGCCUUUGCUUUAAGGAGAAGUCUGGACUCAAACCGCAAAGAACAAGACUUUAGCUUAGAUACUACAGCUCCUGAAAACAGAGAAAAAACCAAAGUAAUAAAAGUAGUAGAUCCAGAAGAAAAAGUCAGGAGAACCAGAAGUAGUGUUUCUGACUUGAAGAUUUCUGAAAGAUGGAGGAGGAAGACCUUGCCUCAUGAUUCUAUCAAGGCAGAAGAGGUUGGCUGGCUCACACCUGAAAAUAUAAACAGGCUGAGUAGGACGGAUCCAUUGCACUUGGAAGAAGGUUCAGCUAAAAAGAAAAGUAGCAAAGAACAGAUGGAAGGGAAUGAAGCAAACCAAACUGUUGUUGGCAGUUCUGAUGAGUACUUGAAAAAACAGAGUUCUAGCUCUGAACCAAAGGCAACUUAUUUUGCAGUAACUUAUCAGAUUCCUGGUAUCAAAAAAGAGAAAAGCUUUCUGGGUACUCCUAGUGCAAGUGUAACUAGUAAAAUUUCUAGCUCCAAUGAUGGAGGAGCAAUUAAUCUGGAUCCUGCUUUUUCUGGAAGGUCCAAACCUUUAUUACAGCAACCAGAUAAAAAUGCAACAGGUACAAAUUGUAGGGAAGAGUCACGAGAAGUAUAUGUCAAAAAGGAUUGGGUCAAAGAGGAAGACAAAAAUGAUGCUUCUUCCAAAACCAGUGCGUUUGGUAACUUAGAUGUAUCCGGGAAGGAUAACCAAAAGUAUUAUGAAAGAGGCCUGGAUCACUCUAAGGAGAAAAUCAUAGAUGUUGAUGCUUUGCUUUUAAAACAGGAACUGGGAAAUACAGCUCAAACUGAUCUCAAAAGUAGCAGAAGAAAGGUCUCCUCUUACCAUGAACUCAGAUCCCCUCUGCAUUUCGCACAGUUACACAAAGAUGGUGAACUAGACACACAGAAGAGCAGUGAAAAUAACUAUGGUUUAUCUGGAAGGAAGGCUGAGGACGGUUACAGAUCCCAAAUUCUUGAUAUUGAUGCCCUUAUGGCAGAAUAUAAAGAAGAAUCAGCAAGUAAGAGGGCUGGUAAUCUUCAAGACAAGUUCUCUGAAGAGCACAGUUCAUUCAGUAGGAACAAAGCAAAGAACAAAAGAAAUGUCUCAGAUAAGACAACUUCCUAUCACUGGAAGGAGUGGAAGGAUCAGUAUUCUGUGAGUAACAAGCAAGGUGACUGUGCAGAAGAGUUUCACAGGCCAGAGAAAUUAAUUCUAAAUGAGAAGAAUAAAGAAAAACUGGAUUCCAGUGGCCCAGAGUUUGAUAAACAGAAGUCCAAAGACAAAAAGUUCAGCCCCCCUUACUGGGGAAACACAAGCAGCGUGUUUUCAGAUAAGUUUCUGAAUUCUCCUGCGGAGUUAACAGCAAAGAAAACGUUCAUCAUUGAUGAAGACCAAGAUGUGAACUUAUCUUCCAGGAACCAAAGUUCAAAAUUUGUAAUUGACAAGGUGCAGCCUGUAAGUGCAGUUGUAGACCAAACGGUGGAAGUUAAUUUUGCUUCCAAGCUGUCCAUAAAGGCCGAGGAUGGGCUGUUACAGAAGAGGUUGGUCGCGAAAGAACAGUCCUCAGAGGUGUCUCCAGAAGGUGACUGGAGCAAAAACGUAGCAAGAAUCUCAGUAACAAAGGACAAAGAUGAUGCAAAUAAGGUGAUGUGUGACAACGACUCUUCCAAGGUGAAAAGCAAAACAAAAGACUGGAAGAGCUAUACGUCUGGUUUAGGAAGUGCACCCCCAGAUUUGAGGCGAUCCUAUUCAGAAAAGAGCCACCAAGGGAAAGACAAUCUACUGCUCACGCAAGAAGUAAGGGGAAGAAAGGAUCUAUACCGCUCCAGGCAAAGCUUCCCCUUGGAAAGUGUGGAUAAUGGGUGGAAAAACAAGCUGUCACCGCAGUCAGAAGCUUUCUUCCACGAGGAUAAAAAGGCUUCUAGGAAAGAGUGGACCAAGCAGAGUGCUGAAAAAGCAGACAGAACAGAGGUUUCACUGGUUUCUACUCAGAGAAGAAGUCAUAGCUUUUUUCAUAAAGACAGAAGGACGGAGAACGUAAUGGAUCAGCUGAAGCAGUGCUUCUCCAGACAGCCCCCUGAAGCGAAGGACACAGACACGCUUGUGCAGGAGCCCGACAGCCAGUAUGGCACCUGGAACGAGCAGCGGCACAGCGGGGACAGCUUUGUGCCUGAAUCUCCGUCAUCGGAAAACGAUGUCAUUUCAACAAGAAAGCAGCCACCAAAUAGCCAGCCAUCGUCACUGUCCUCCCAAACAGAACCUGCCUCCCUGGUUGAUCACCAUGACUUCUCAAAAGACCAAAGGAGCACAAGUUUGGACCGUUCGAGCACUGACAUGGACUCUACUGAUGGGACUGAUUUACCUCCUCCAGGAGACACCUACCCUGAUGAGAAGACCACUGACUUCUCCUUCAUUGAUCAAACCACUGUUCUGGACUCCAGUGCUCUGAAAACCCGUGUGCAGCUCAGCAAGAAGAGGCGCCAUCGGGCUCCUAUUUCCCACUCCCUUAGAAGAAGCAGAGGGCUGGAGUUUGAAAAUAGAUUUUCUUUGACAGAAGAAUCAGAUAGUACCUGGAUGUUUAAAGAUUCUACAGAAGAGAAGAAAACUAUGCAACAGGAAGAUUCUGAUGAGGAAGAAAAGACACAGCGUACUGGGAGAUUGUCUUCUGUACCCGCUCAGAGACUUCCCAUAUUUCCAGGAAUGGACCAUUCUGUUCUCAAGGCCCAACUGCGGAAAAGACACGAGUCAGAGAGUCCUGGUGAAACAGGUUCUGCUCAGCCGUUCAAAUCCCCUAAAUCACAGCUUGGAACUCCUGGUAGCAGAAUACUGCCCUCCAGUGUAGAGAAGGAGGACAGGUCGGAAGAAAAAUCUCCUCAGUGGCUGAAGGAGCUGAAAUCAAAGAAGAGACAGAGCCAUUAUGAGAAUCAGGUUUGAAAAAGAUAGUGAUUCUAACUAGAAGAAGAUAAAGAAGUUUAACAGAAGCCUUAACUCAUCUGAACUUAAAAUUCACGUCAUGUUGCUGCUGUUUGCUUCCUGCCUCAACUGCUAUGUGCAUGGUGCCUUCCUGUUUUGUGGAGAAAGCUGCUUAAUAUUCAUAGUCAAAUACAAAGCUGUAUCUUUUUGGGUAUGGAAGGAUAGUCACUUUAGACCUACUGGAAGAAGAACCUGUGGUUCAUAGUUAGCACUUCAGAAAGUCUUGGAAGAUUGUAAUAUUUGAUCUAGGAGUGCUGUGCACUGGAGAAGUCCCCCUCAUUGUUGAACAGAGACUCCAUUUCUACCUAUGCGUUCAGCAACUCAAAAGUAUGACUUUUGGUAGAUGUGUUAGGUGUAAGGCUGGGCUUUGUGUUUGUUUAUGAAAAUAACAAUUUUAAUCAAAUUUAUCUUUUUUGUGAAAAUAUAGUAAGCUCCUAUUUAGAAUGAAAUUUGUGGAAGGUGAGAGUGAAAGAACAAAUUAUGUUUACUGCCAUACUGAAAAAGGAGACUUGAUUAUUUUUUUGUAAAAUGUAUUUUUGAUUGGCUUAUAUUUACAUGUGAUCUGCUGAUCUAGCAGAUCGAUAUAAUUUUUAGAUGAACAAAUUGUUAAUUUUUGUCACUCUUGAAGUGGUAUAUUCUGUGUUUUGUCAGCAUGUGGAAUAAUUACUUCAUUGGAAUGUCUUUCCUAAAAGGAUCAAGCAAUAAUGUCAACCAGUUCUCUUUAAAAAUAUAUAUAUAUAUAUAAAUUGUAAAUACUGUUUUUUAUAACAAAAGGAAGGGAAGAGGGAGGAUGUUCUACUCAUAUCAGGGUUCCAGUUAAUUGUUGAAUGUCACUUUAAUAGCAGUUUGGAUAGUCCCACUUCAUAUUUUUAUUCAUUAACCUGUAAAUAGCAGUUUUAAGUUUUUAUUUUUAUGCUGAUUUUGUGGGAUAACCUAAAUGUGAUCUUCAGUUUCUCAGAUUUACUUUUCUUUUGAUAAGACUGAUGUCCUAAUAGAUAGUCUCACGCAUAACACGAGUGUUACGAAUAUCACUAAUAUCUCAAAUACGUCAACAUCUUUGAAUACAGAUUCUGGAAUAUCAGCCGAGAUGUCCAUUUAAGACACACUUUAUUCUUUCCCCAAAUAAGUGCUCUUUUCAGUAAACCUGUAAAAAUGUAGCCCCGGAAGGGAGGUUAUUCUGUCGUGUCAGUGUUCCUCACGACGCAGCGGGGAACGGCGAGCCAAGGCGCGAGCUCUGCUCUGCUCUGCUCCCCUUCGCUCCCCUCCGGGCCCUCCUGCAGCCGCUCCCUGCUUCCUCAGCCCUGCUGGCGGGUCCUCUAACUACUACAGAUAAAGCACCAGCACUUGAACUCUUUGUCCUUUUUCUUAUGAUCAGCUUUUCAGAAAGCUGGAUUCGUGUGGGGUUGCCACGACGGUGCAUCUGCUAGCCAGAGUGGCAUGCCGGGUCUGCUGUCUAUCGAGCCUGUCGCUGCCAAAACCAUGUGCCAAUUCUUCUCACGGAGGAGACGCAGAUGAGGGGAUUUUUAGUCCCAGUCUGCUCGUAGGAAAUAACAGCAGUGUGUCAAGAGGCGAGUCCCAUAUGCACAUCUCUCUCCCAGAUUUGGUUUCAGUCGCAGCUCCCUGUACUUCAUGGAGAUGAAAUAAGGAUGAUUCUCUUAUGUAAAAAAAAAAAUAAAAUACUUGCUGCUUUGCCCUAUUUCGUACCAGAGCUGUUGCCACCACUGCGAUUUUACAUCCUCUUCUGCUACCAACUAAGAAAUUGCCCCCCAAGACUUCUGCCCAUUGUUUCACUCCAUGUCGCUUUUAGUCCUGGACCAUGGGAGACAGACUUCCAUCUGAGUGCAGUCAACCCGACUGCGAAGGAGCUGCUCGUAGCUAAUUUUAAAAAGUUGCCCAUAUUUUCUUCCCUGCCCUGAACAGGCAAAUCUUUAAGAUGAGCUUUGCACGCGUGUCUUUUGGGAUUUUUUAAGGCAGCAUUCAAGGUGCAGCACCAGUUCCAUCCUGUGUGUCGCAGGCACAUCACAGCUCUGAGCAGCAGCCUUUGGUGUGUGAGAGAAGAGAACGAUCGCUUUCCUCUUGUUAUGCAGAUGGAGUGGGGCUUACUUUAAAAAGUAUCUAAAAUCAGGUACAUUUCCCCUGCUUACCAGAAUAUUUACACAGGCUUAAGUGUAGAAUUCAGCAAGCUGGCAGUGUUGCGUUACCAGUAGUUGGAGGAUUUACUGUUUCUUGGUCUGAUAAAUGAAGGCCAGGAGUUCUUUAACUGCAGUAUUUGCUCUGUGUAUGAGGGAACCGAGGGGAUUAAAGCGAGGUGUCCACAAAGCCCUUUGAAUGUGUAUGCAUUUCCACAUCUGCUUGGACAAUGCACUGAAACUUACUGUAUUUAGUAGUUUAACCUACUACUGAGAAAUGUUUAAUGCUUAAAUGUCUAAUUAAAAAGCAUCUUUAGAAUGUUGAAUGGGAAAGUGUUUUUUUCUGCUUUGCCAUUUCUUGAUGUUAUAUAAAAAUCAAAUCCCUACUUUAUUCUCUUUGGGUUCUCACUGUGUAAUAAAAGAUCUAUGAAGAUGU